GGUUUCACUAUAGCUGACUAUAGCAAACACGUGCAAAAUGAUUAAUUUAGAGGAGUCUACUCCUUUUGAAGAUACAAUAAAUUCUGAAUUAGCGAUUUAUUACAAAAGAUUAUUUCCUUUCGAAGACUAUUAUCGUUGGAUGAGUUACAGAAAUCAAUCUAUAUUUCAGCGUAGAGAAUUCGCGUUUACUAUAAUAAAAAAUAAGAAGGAAAUCUAUAUCCGUCAUCAAUCUUUCGAUAAUGCAAAAAAAUUGGAAGUUGAAGUUAGAAAUUUGAAACCUACUAAGAUUCAUAUAGGGGCAAUGUACAAUGUUCGUCCAACGAAACCUUGUUAUAAUAACUAUUUUCCAACUGAAAGAGAGUUAAUUUUUGACAUAGAUAUAAAUGAUUACGAUGAUAUAAGAACAUGCUGCACCGGUGACCAGAUUUGUCCCAAAUGCUGGAAAUUCAUGGCACUUGCAUGUAAAAUCUUGGAUAAUGGUUUAAGAAUUGACUUUGGAUACAACCAUAUUUUAUGGGUAUUCUCUGGUAGAAGAGGUAUUCAUUGCUGGGUGUGCGAUCAGAGGGCACGUAUUUUAAGCCCAUCUGAACGUCAGACAGUUGGAAAGUACUUUCAAAUCAUAAAUGGAGGAAAAUAUACGUAUAAAAAAGUAAAACUUGAUAAUAGAACGCAAUACUUGAUCAGUUCGGCGUUGGACAUGAUAAGACCUAUUUUUGUACCAUUCAUUGUGAAAGAACAAGACAUACUGGGGACAAAUGAAAGGCUAGCCAAGUUUUUAAACGUGAUUUACGAUGCUGAAGACAGAGAAGCCUUAAGAUCACAAAUGGAAACAUUGGAAACUAGCAGUCAGAGAUGGAAUACGUUUGUUUGUUACAUUGAAAACUUGCUAGAUAAAACCAAGAAGGAGCAUCAUAAAUAUACUUAUUUAAUAGAUGAAAUAAUGCUACAGUAUACAUAUCCAAGGAUGGAUAUAAAAGUUACAGAAACAAUGAAUCAUCUUUUGAAAGGACCUUUCUGUGUCCAUCCGAAAACUGGUAAAAUAUCUGUUCCAUUCUCUAUCUCUACAGUGGAUGAAUUUUCAACUGAUAAUGUUCCAACGAUUGAAAUUCUUACUGAGGAGAUGACGAAGAUCGAUUUAGAAGAAGGCGAAUCGGUGGAGAAUAUAAACGCAGAAAGAAAAAAUUACAAGACUAGUCUAGAUCCAGCCCUGACUGUAUUUCGAGAAUUUAUUUCUAAUUUAGAGUAUGAUAAGUGAUAUAAUUGUAGGAUUUCUUGAAAAGACAACACAUACUUACGAGUUUCCAAGUACAAUUUACAUAAUUAUUUCAUUUUUGUUAAUAUUAAAAAUUAUAUU